AUGCAAAUACCAGCGAGCAAGCAACCUGCAGAAAGCGAGCUCGGUCGGCUCUCAGCGACAGAGAUUCAUGAUGCCAUUCAGAGUGGCAAAAUCACGGUGCAGCAAUACGCGGAGGCUCUGAUUCGGCGAUGCGAGGAGAGAGACGGCGAAAUACACGCUUGGGUUCACUUCGACAAGGAGGCCAUCCUGUCACAAGCAAGGGCUCUGGACGCGGUGCCCACUGAAUCCAGGGGUCUGUUGCACGGGGUAGCAAUUGGCAUCAAGGAUAUUUUCCUCACGAGAGACAUGCCGACACGGUACUUUUCUCCCAUCCACGAGAACGACGGCAAUGGCGCAUCCGACUCGGCGGCUGUCGGGAUCCUGCGCGCGUCGGGUGCUCUGCUGCUGGGAAAGACGGCGACCACUGAGCUUGCAUCCACUAUGGUGGGCGGGCCCUGCGUCAACCCGAGGAGCGUGGGCGGGAAGGUGUAUUCUCCGGGAGGCUCAUCCUCCGGGUCGGCAGCUGCGGUGGCGGAUGGCCAAGUCCCUCUCGCACUGGGGACUCAGACAGGUGGAAGCAUUGUACGGCCUGGGUCUUUUUGCGGCGUGUGGGCGUUCAAGCCGACAUGGGGUCUCAUUUCGACAGAAGGUGUGAGCCGCUGCUCAGUGACGUGCGACACCGUGGGCUACUUUGCGAACAACGUCGACGACCUGAACCUUCUCUCGCGAGUGUUUCGGUUAGAUCUUGAUAGACGCGGUGGCGACAAAGAUGAGACUCCUUUUAGGGUACGCGACGCGAGAAUUGCCAUGGUCAAGACACACGUCUGGGAGCUGGCAAGACCGGCGACAAGAGCGGCAUGGCAGCGGGCCCGCGAGCUCCUGGUGGGGGCAGGCGCGCAGAUCGAGGACGUGGACCUGCCAGGAGGCUUUGCGCGAGCCCACGCGUGGAGAGAGGUCAUCGCGGGGAGCGAGGCGCGGUCUGCGUUUCUAUCACGGUACCUAGAGGACAAGGACAAGCUGCACGAGACGCUGCGUCCGUUCGUGGAGAGACGGCGCACCCCUGGCAGGGAGGAGAUGCUCGAGGCGCACGAUGGAGUCGCGGCUCUGCGUCGGGAGUGGGACAGCGUGGCGGCUCGGUACGACGCGGUGAUUACGCCGAGUGUGACGGGGGAGGCACCCGAGGGUCUCGGUGACACGGGCAGCGCAAUUUUCAACGCCAUGUGGACGGUGCUGCAUGCGCCGACGCUCAAUGUGCCGGGCUUCGUGGGCGAGAAUGGCAUGCCCGUGGGGUUGACCGUGGCAGGAGGACGUUAUACCGACAUGGAGGUUCUGAGGGCGGGCAAAGCCAUAGGCGAGGUCUUUAACAGGAGUCGCGAAUGA